AUGAUGCUUAGCCCUGACCAAGCUGCCGACUCCGAUCACCCCUCCUCGGCUCCCUCCGACCCGGAGUCCCUGGGCGGCGCGGACCCCCAGCCGCUCAGCUGCUGCGUCUCCGACCCGGAGCCCGCCGAGGGCGGUGGCGGCGGCAGCGAGGGCCGGGGCGGCGGCGGCGUCGGGGAGGGCCGGGUCGGGGGCCGGCCAGGGCUGCACCCGCCGCCGCUGAGCCGGGAGGAGAAGCGACGGCGGCGCCGCGCCACGGCCAAGUACCGGUCGGCGCACGCCACCCGUGAGCGGAUCCGAGUGGAGGCCUUCAACCUGGCCUUCGCCGAGCUCCGCAAGCUGCUGCCCACCCUGCCCCCCGACAAGAAGCUCUCCAAGAUCGAGAUCCUGCGCCUCGCCAUCUGCUACAUCUCCUAUCUCAACCACGUCCUCGACGUGUAG